AUGUGCUCUAUAAUCUGCUGGGACAAUCUUCUGCGUUCGUUAGGAAGUUUUGUGGUGGUAGAAGAAGAUAAUCGAAGCAAUGGGCUUUCGUUCUCUGUUGAUGAGUUAUUCAUUGUAAUCGACGAAUUAGGCCGAGUUGUUGUAAUUGUUGGGAACGAUAGGUUGUGUGAAGUUGCAUUUGAUGACGUUUUUAUUGAUGACGUCAUCAGCAUCGACAUUGAAAAUUUUCGUGAAGUCCUAGUUAAAGGACAAGAUGAAAAAAUUUCUGCUCGCUCCGAAGUUGAUGUCAGCGCUGCUGUUUUUUGUGACGUUGUUACUGUUGGAUUUGUGGUUGGUGGUUUGCAGGUUGAUGAUUUUGAUGAUGGUUUUGGUGUGAUGGAUGUUAUGGCUGCUGUGGCGGCUGUUGUGGCUUGUGUGGUUGUUGUGGCUGGCGUAAGUGUGGCUGAUGUAAGUGGGCUUGAUUUAGAAGUUUUAGAAGCAUUUUGGGACAAUUCACUUUCGUCCGGUACUACAACAAAGCUAAUUCCCGCUGCCGUUUUCGAUGCGGUUGCUGUUGACGUUAUUGAUGUUAGCGACGAUGACGCUGACGUUGGAGAUAAUGUUGACGUUGCACUUGCCAAAGACUCUGACGAAUUUUCUUCCUUCAAUUUUUUAGUUUUGUAA